UGCCUGUGCUCCCGCCGCCGUCCCCGCAGCACGGACCGCCCGCCCUGUGUGUCGGGGGCUGCCGCGCGCAUGCUCCGCCGAGUGACGCCGCGACUCCAUGUGUGAGAAGCGCAUUAUUUGGCAAGGGGAGCCGCGGCGGAGAGGAUUUAGCCGGGGAUCCCGGGCGGCGCGGAGGAGAGGGCGGCGAGGCGCGAGGGAAGCGGAGCGGGGAGCGGCGGCGCCCGGAUGCGCGGGGAGCGGCGGGGAACGUGCCGCGGCGUGAGCUCCGCUGCAGUCACUUUCAACCCCUGGGCCCAGUCAGGAUCCCACCUGGAACCCAUGAACUUCACUGACAGAGCCUCACAAUGACAGAGGAAGCAUGCAGGACACGGAGUCAAAAACGAGCCUUAGAACGUGAAGUGACACAUAACGAUGUGGACAGUAAAAAACUAAAGAUGGAGAAAGGACUGUUAGGAACAGAUCUAAACACUGAAGGUGACAUGAAAAUAAAAGCAGAUCCUGGAGCUGGAAAAGUGCAAGGAUUGUUAAAAAGUGGAGAGGUGAAAGCAACCAUCAAAGUGGAGGUUCAGACGGGAGAUGAGCCUGUGGACAUGAGUACCUCCAAAAGCGAAAUAAAGAGAGAAAAGCGAGUCCCCUCGCCGGACGUUAUAGUGUUAUCUGACAAUGAGCCUUCUAGCCCUAGAAUGAAUGGUUUAACAAAGAUAGCAUUAAAAGAGACCAACACAGAGGCACUCAUGAAAAGCAGCCCAGAGGAGCGUGAGAGAAUGAUUAAACAGCUAAAAGAAGAGCUACGGUUAGAGGAAGCAAAGCUGGUCUUAUUGAAGAAGUUACGGCAGAGUCAAAUCCAGAAGGAGACCACUACUCAGAAGACCUCUUCCACUCGUAUCCCAGGCACUGUCAUUCCUCCUCCCUUGGUGCGUGGAGGGCAGCAGACUUCAUCCAAAUUAGGAUCUCAGCAGAACACGCAGAUAGUGAUGCCGCCUCUUGUCAGAGGAGCCCAGCAAAUCCACAACAUCCGGCAGCACUCGAGCACGGGGCCGCCUCCGCUGCUGCUGGCACCACGGGCAUCGGUGCCAAGUGUCCAGAUCCAGGGGCAGAGAAUCAUCCAGCAGGGCCUGAUCCGAGUGGCCAACGUCCCCAACACCAGUCUGCUGGUCAACAUCCCACAGGCUUCACCCACUUCCAUCAAAGGUACCACGGUGACAUCAGCUCAGGCCAAUGCCACGACGACCAGCGCCGCCUCCCUGGGCAGCUCGGGGGAGUCGCCAGCCAGCCGGCAAGCGGCCGCCAAGCUCGCCCUGCGCAAGCAGCUGGAGAAGACGCUGCUGGAGAUCCCUCCUCCCAAACCACCAGCCCCAGAGAUGAACUUCCUCCCCAGUGCAGCCAACAAUGAAUUCAUUUAUUUAGUGGGAUUGGAAGAAGUGGUGCAGAAUUUGUUGGAAACUCAAGGUAAAGGGUCGGUUGCAGUCUCAUCUCGUGAGCCCUACAUGUGUGCUCAGUGUAAGACUGACUUCACCUGUCGCUGGAGGGAGGAGAAGAAUGGAACCAUCAUGUGUGAAACCUGCAUGACAUCCAAUCAGAAAAAGGCCUUGAAAGCUGAGCACACUAACAGACUGAAGGCUGCCUUCGUGAAAGCACUGCAGCAGGAGCAGGAGAUCGAGCAGAGGAUACUACAGCAGACUGCAUCUCCUGGGCAGACCAAGGCAGACCCUCUUGUGCAGCACCACUCACUCAAGCAGGCUUCCAGCCAGAUGUCUCGAGGUCCCUCUGGAGCCCCACGAGGUGUGUUGCAUGCAUUUAGCCAGUCACCCAAGUUGCAGAAUGCAUCAUCUGCAGCAGCACUUGGGAGCAGGCCAGGUAAGCAUGCUGAGAGACCUGUCAGCAAGGGCAGCGCUGCCUCCUGGAAGAAGACUUCCAUCAAUACAGGUGGGGCUUUGCCUUUUGUUAACCCUAGUUUAGCUGUGCACAAGUCCUCUUCAGCAGUAGACCGCCAGCGUGAAUAUCUCCUGGAUAUGAUCCCCCCACGGUCCAUCCCACAGUCUGCCACGUGGAAAUAAUGCAGAGGGAUGCCCCAGAGGAAGACUUUCCUGUUUCUGCCAUCCUUUUUAUACCACAUUACAGUGGAAUCUGCUUUAAUCCCAGCUGGAUAUGCCCCAGGCUUUAUAGGAUGCAAGAAGACCACUCCUCAUCCCAUUGAGUGCUGCUGUCCCUGCUAUGAGAUAAAUGACACCACGUGGGUGGGGAAAGACUCGAAGCUCAUUUGGUUCUCAGAUUCAUAUGAUUGACUGAUGAUGAAGGCUGACAGGGAAGGGGAAGAAUUCCCUCUGGUUUCUUUUUUUUCUUUUUGAGGCUUUAUGUAUUUAGUUUGGGGUGUUUUUGUUGGCACCAGCACAAAAGGACUCGACGACUCUCUCUGCCUCUGGUUUCUUUGUGAGUAACUCCCUGGGAACGCAGCAUCCAGCACGGAUCUCACUUCAAGGACAGAGGAGUUUCACCCCCACAACCCUCCUCCUCCCCCCAUCUUGCAGAUGCAUUUAGUGAGCCCAGUCUGUGUUUGCUUUUCUUCCCUGCCCCUCCUCCAGCCAGGAAGGCAGUCUCCAGAUCAGAACCUUUCCACAUCUCCUGAGGAUGAGCUAAUGAGAAAGAAAUCCAAACUCAAAUCUCAGAGCUGAGGAUGAGGUUGGUUGGUUGGUUGUUUUCCUAAGGGACUGGCUGCCACCAAAACUCAUCUUGCUAGGUGGGAACCAGUGCAGGAGUUCUCUCCCUUUUGUUGGAUUCUGUUUUGAAUAGACUUGGAACUGUUGGUAGCCUAAAAAUCUAAUUUACUGACUAGACACUUUUGCUCAGUCUUUGUAACUCAGCGAGAGCAGUUGGGCCUCUCAGAUGUUCCCAGAGACUUCACAGUGAAACUGGUUUGGCUGAUUUUCUUUCUUGGAGGGUUGUUAUUUUGGUUGUUUGGGGUUGUUUUUGGUUUUUUCUUGGUGUUCUUUGGAGCAAUUCUACUCCAAAAUAGAAAUGGGGGGGGGGGGAAAGAAAACCCAAGUUAAAAGGUAAGAAUUGCAGAAGCUGCAACACAAUCAGAAAGGGCAAGUGGAGGGAGCAGAGGAGCAGGAGGCCAUCGGGCCACAGGCUCCUUCCUCUGCCCACACACCCACUGAGAAGUGGCCUGGUGAGUGUGCCAGCACGAGGUGGGCACAGUGAGGGCAGAAGUGCCAGCCCUCACCCCACCACAGCUCUGUUCUUCCACACAUGCUCCUCUGCACGGCUCUGCAGCCUUUCAUUUGGGUAGAGCUUUAGGUGACUCUGCUUUAAGGACAGGUUUCUAUGUGGUUUUGAUCUCUUUUCUUUCUCGGGUGGGGAGGAAUUCCCCAGGUUUAAACCCAAAUCCAUCAGAUGGGGGGAGGGGGGGGGGGUUGGGUUUUUGUUCUGUUCUUCUCAUUCCCUUCCCUCCCCAUUCCCUGUGCUUCUCCCAAAUUAAAGUUGAGUUCAAGUGGCAGAAAUACAUGCCUUACUUACUACUUAUGUUGCAUAUCAGUGCUGGAAGGAGUGCUGAUGAGAGUUAUUUGCAAGAUUAUAUAUAUAUAUCUAUAUAUCUAUAUAUAAAAAGAAAAAGGGGGGAGGGGGUUACUACUCAGCCUGGGCUGAAUCUAUUUUCUUAGCAGUUGCUGUUAGAUCCAAUUUCAACCAAGAACUGGAGAAGGUUUUGUUCCCCCUUCAGCUCAAACUAUUGCUUAGUGAGAAAGGAAACCCAUUUGGUUUUCAGCCCCUCUUUCUGUUGUGUGAGUAUCAGUAUUUAGAUACUUGGAAAACUGUUGGGUAGGCAUAGAAAAAAAAAAACCCUAGGUGGUUUCUUAUUUUUUGUUGCUGUAUAAAGCCCUGGAGUUCCCCAUUUUUUGGCUUUUGGCUUUGGUUUUGUUUGACAAGUGUCUAUGAGAGAGCUUCAGCCAGGGGGGGAGAGGAAGCUGGUUGAGGGGUUGAAGCUUCAUCCUUUUCAUUCCAAGGUAUUUGGGAUUGGGAGAUGCUGGGAGAGGGAAAUUUGAGUGCAUCUUAUUUUUGCACUUUGAAACAUGAUGGCAAAAAGCCUCAGUUCUUUACCAAUGUGGGAGUUUAUUUAGGUGGGGGGGUUGGGGUUUUGUUUUCACUCUUCUAACAGACAACCUGUGUGAUCAUCCAUGCAGAUGUCUAACACUGUUCAAUCACCUGGGAAGAGGGUGUUUGUUCCACCAGAACAAGCAAAAACUUCUCAAAGCUGAAAGUCAGAUGCCUUCUGGGGAAGCCUGGACAGCUUCUUAGUCCCUUUCCAGCAUUGGGGUGACUUUGGCUUCAGCUGAUGCUGGGGAGGGGGAGGAAAGGGGAAUGGAAAGACGGACACAGGAGUAUUAAACUUACCUUGGUUUAAAAGCCAUGUCAAAACCUUUUUGGAUGCCACCAGUUCACUUGGAAAUGUAAAUUUCAGCACAAUGGAUUAGGGGAGACUUAAAAUAAGCCUUAAAAUCAUUGAGAAGACUUGUUUUAAGAUUGGGAAGUGCACAAGGAGUCUGCACCUCCUGUCCUACCAGCACUCAAUGCAACACCCCAGCCUGGUUCUGUUUAAUGUAGGGUAAUAACCCCACCAAGACUUCCUGUACAUCUGGAGGUAGGAUUGUUUUGAAGGCUUUGGAGGAGAACAGGGAGUACUACAAGGAUUUAUAGGCUGUUUCAAACUGGUUUUGACAUCGUUUUGGCUGGCUCAGAGUGCUGCAGGUGACUUGGAAGGGUGUAUUUAUUGCCUAUGUGUUGCUCCAAGGUUUUAGCUGAAUGCACCAGGAAGAAUUAAGUGGUGUAGAUGUUGUUCCAACACCAGAAGAGUUGCUUUGCCCUCAAAACUGCACACUCAGCCUCUGUGUUGACUGGGGUUAGUUGAGGUACCACGCUGGCUUUCCAUAGCCCUUCAAACACUGGCUACAGUCUCUCCAGCUCUCCUCCCCCCAUCCUUCUGCUCCCCUUCUUGGCAGGAUAAAACAAACACAAACCCAACCCAAAAUGAACUGGAAAAAAACCCCUACAGGCCAAGCAGAAAAGCUCAGUCAGAUGGAAUAUUCCCAUGGUGGUGUGACCCCCCCACCAAGCGUUACCUCGUCUGGGGAUCGGGACGGAGCCGGGGAGGGGUUUAGACACACUGUGAAGAACAAAUCUCUGGUGGAUUGCUCCUGCUGCCCAUUUGGGAUUCCCAGCUCCUGGAUAAGAAGAAAACACCCUUUUCCUUCAGCUCCCUCCAAACAAGAGAGUGAAGGUGCUGCCCACCCGUCUGAGCGCUGACUGGGAAUGGUGGCGGUGGAGAAGCCCAGAGCCCCAUUCCCCUGACCCUCCACCACUGCUUCGCUGCAAACUGCUGCAUGAGCUGGUUUGACAUUGCUCUGGAUGCUGCUUCCCCCCCCUCUCCUGGGGAGAGGGUUUAAGAGCAGCUUUGGUUCUUGCAAGCCAUAUAACCUUUACUUUGAGACCUUGCGACUACAAGAUUUUAUAAUACAAGUAAGAAUGGAAAAUGACUUAUUGUACUUAGAUUUUAGCAGAACUUGUGAAAUAAACCCCAGAUUUUCAUUGGAAA